CGCUCCCGCUUCAAGGUCAAGGGUUCCAACAUCCACGGCUGGGGGCUGUUUGUCAAGACCCCGAUCCCGAAGGGCGAGAUGCUGAUUGAGUACCAGGGGCCCCGCCCCCUACCCUCCUCCCGCCAGGGGUGGGUCAUCCGCAAGUCGAUCGCCGACCGGCUGAUGGAGCGCUACACGCGCGCGGGCGUGCCUGGCGCCACGGACGGCUCGUACGUCUUCAAGCUGGACGACACGACGCAGGUCGACGCGACGAUGGCGGGCAACAUGGCGCGCUUCAUGAACCACUCCUGCUCGCCGAACGCCUACUCCAAGGCUCGCUGCGACCUCUCUCCACACCCGCCGCCCUCCCAUCGCGGCCCCCUUCACUUCAAUUCCGCCGCCGCCCCUCCCUCCCCAAAGGUGGGCGAGGAGCUCCAGUACGACUACCAAUUCGCGCUCGGCGGCGAGAAGAUUGCUUGCCACUGCGGCGCCCCGAACUGCUGGGGCCGCAUGAACUGA